AAUCUCAUGUGCUGAGAGGGCGGCAACCUUUCAAACUUGUAGUCUAAACAAAGCAGCCGGGUUGAUAGGGUGUUUUUCUCGUUGACAUAAAAACAUUGACACAAAAAUGGAACAAGUAGAGCAUAACGGUGGAAAACCUUUUAAAAUAACGAACCAAUCUCGAGAUACCAAAAAGGGAAUAGUGGCAGGGUCUUUGGAAGACCUAACCUCAAAAGUGCGGGAUAAACUAAACAUCGAAGAAAACGAAAAUAUUACGGUGGUUUUGGAAACAGACGGAACAGAAAUCGACGACGAAGAAUAUUUUGGUACUUUAGAUCCCAAUACCAGCUUGAUGAUCCUUACUGAGGGGGAAAAUUGGAGGCCGCCUAGUGCCCCCUGUCCUCUGAAUAUGGAUCAAGUGGAUGAUAGUAAAGGAUGCUCAGGGCUGGUUGGAUUGGUUGGCAGACUCAGAAACAACCUUUGCCACGUUUCUCUGCUUGGUGGCGCAGAACUGGAAUUGCUGAGUGAUAUGGAUCCAGAAUCAUUGGUCGACAUUACCUUUCCAGACAGGGACUUUUUGGAAAGUUUGAAGGAAGCCUCUGGACGGUAUUUGUGCGAGAAGAGACAAGCUCAGGAUGCCAUGGAUUUGUUAAGGUUGUACAAAGAGAAAGAAACCGAUGGUGGGAAUUAGGGGCUGGUGACCAUUCAGCGUUUAAGUUUACAUUUAGAAGUUAAGUUUUUAAAUAUGUUUUAUUUUUAUUUUCCUUUUGUUACGAUUUGGACGUUACCAUUUGGAAAUCCAUGAGAAGUAUUAUUAAAAUACUGUAUCCUAGGCCAUGUUGCAUCCUGCACAAAAAAUGUAAUUUUAUAUAUAUUUUUUAGCGAUACUAGUCGAUAAUAAUAAUAUACUUUUAUACUUUUGUAAUCUUAAUAAUUUGUGUGUAAAGAAUAAAUUUCUAAAAGCAAG